AUGGACAGCCAAGUCAGCCAGCAGAUUGAGCAAGCCAUUGAGAUUGCCUGGAACCCAACCUCGGACACCGCGCUCAAGGGCCAGGCCUUCGACUACCUCCACCAAUUGCGCUCGGAUCCGCAGGCUUGGCAGCUGUGUGCGGCCCUCUUCACCCGCUCACCACGAACAUCCGAGGUGGUGCGUCUUGUGUCGUUGGAAAUCGUCAACAAUGCCGUGCAGAGCCAGGCCCUGGACAGCAACAGCCUCUCGUUCCUAAAGACCACGUUGCUCGAGUACAUACAGCGGACAUAUGGAAGCGGCGACCCCGACGCUCAGGUCGACCCGCCGGCCUUGCAGAACAAGCUCACGCAGACGCUGACGUACCUCUUCGUCUACUCGUAUCAAGAGGGCUGGGAGACGUUCAUCGACGACUUUUUGGCCUUGACAACCACGCCCAACGGCGGCGGGCAGCCUGACAAUGUUGCUGGCGUCUUCUUGUACCUGCGUAUGCUGAGCUCGGUCCAUGACGAGAUUGCCGACGUCAUGAUGGCGCGCCAAUCCGCGGAUGUGAAGCGCAACAACAACCUCAAGGACCUCGUCCGCGACCGCGACAUGCACAAGAUUGCGCGAUCAUGGCAGGAACUGCUGAUGCAGUACAGCAACCAAAACAACCAGGUCCUCGAGAUGACGCUGAAGAUCAUGGGGAAGUGGGUGAGCUGGAUUGAUAUUUCGCUCGUCAUCAACCAGGACAUGCUCAGCCUCCUGUUCCCUCUCAUUGGCCGCUCGAACCCCGGCAGCGGCGAGGACAAGGUGCGCGACGCGGCCAUCGACACCGUGACGGACGUCGUCGCCAAGAAGAUGAAGCCUAGUGACAAGAUUGAGAUGAUUGGCUUCCUUAACCUACGUGAGGUUGUCUCCCAGCUAGUCGCCAGCCCGCCGCUCAACGACUACCAGAAGACGCCCAAGUACGACACGGACCUGGCCGAAGCUGUCGCGAAGCUGGUGAAUACCGUCGUCAGUGACAUUGUCCGCGUCCUCGAUGACUUGUCUGUCGAGGGGGACGCCCGCGCCCGCGCUGAGCCGUUACUGCACGAGUUCCUUCCGCUGCUCCUCCGCUUCUUCUCCGACGAAUACGACGAAGUCUGCUCGACCGUGAUCCCUGCCCUGACCGACCUCUUGACAUUCCUGCGGAAAGUGCCCAACCUGCCUCCAGCGUACCGUGACAUGCUUUCCCCGAUCCUCAACGCUGUUGUCGGCAAGAUGCGCUACGAUGAGACGAGCAGCUGGGGCGGCGAAAACGAGCAGACCGACGAGGCCGAGUUUCAGGAGCUGCGCAAGUGGCUACAGAACCUGCAAAAAAGCGUGGCAGCAGUCGACCAGGACCUCUAUAUCGAUGUGCUUAGCAAUCUCAUCGCCAACACCUUCCAGUCGCUCGAUCAGCAGGGCGCCAACAUGGACUGGCGUGACCUCGACCUGGCCCUGCACGAGCUGGACCUGUUUGGUGAGCUGACCCUGCCGAACCAGGGCCUGACUGCCAAGAGCAAGGUCUCUGCUACGGCUUCUGAACGCAUGGUGGCGCUGAUGCGCAAGAUGAUGGAGUCGGGCAUCGCCGAGUUCCAGCACCCUGCCGUCCUCUUACAGUACAUGGAGAUCUGCAACCGGUACUGCUCCUUCUUCGAGAGCCACCACGACUAUAUCCCCCGCGCCCUGGAGAAUUUUGUCCGUCUAACGCACCAUGACCACCCACGCAUCCGCAUCCGGUCUUGGUACCUCUUCCAUCGCAUCGUGAAGCAGCUCCGGUCGCAGGUUGGCAACGUGGCAGAAACGAUCAUCCAGUCGAUCAGCGACCUCCUCCCCAUCCGCGCCGAGGUCCCUAACGACGAAGCCGACGAUGACAUGUCUUCCGACGAAAGCGAUCACUCUGCCGAUGCCCUUUUCAACGGCCAGCUCUACCUUUACGAGGCCAUUGGCUGUGUCUCAUCAACAAACGCCACUCCGGCCGACAAGCAGGCUCUCUACGCCCGCUCGGUGAUGGACCCCCUGUUUUUAGACAUGGAGCGGAACCUGCCGCGUGCCAAGGCCGGCGAUACGCAGGCAAUCUUGCAAAUCCACCACAUCAUCAUGGCUCUCGGCACAUUGGCGUACGGUUUCUCUGACUAUCAAGUCAGCCCCGGUGCUGGUAGCAGCAGCAGCAACAACAACAAGCCUCCUCCGGACGAGGCCAUCUCGAGCGAGUUCUCAAGGGCAGCUGAGGCGAUUUUGAUUGCGCUUGGUGAGCUCAACUCAAACUCGGAGAUCCGCGCCGCCUGUCGCUCAGCAUUCUCACGGCUCUUGGGCGUUAUGGGCGCCGCCGUCCUGCCUCAAUUGCCACAGUGGAUCGAGGGCCUUUUAUCGCAAACCUCCUCCAAGGAUGAGAUGGCCUUCUUCCUGCGCCUGCUAGAGCAGGUCGUGUACAACUUCAAAGGGCAGAUCUACAACGUUCUCAACAUGCUGCUGACUCCCCUCCUGCAGCGUGUGCUGGGAGGCCUCUCCGAGCCCAUCUCUGGCACGGACGACGAGAUCCAACUCGCUGAGCUACGUCGUGAAUACUUGACGUUCCUGCAGAUCAUCCUGACGAACCAGUUAGAGGGCGUCCUGAUCAGCGAGGCCAAUCAAGGUUUCUUUGAGACUAUGAUCUCGUCCGUGACGGCUCUUGCAAGAAUUAUUGGACACAGCAAUCUGAUUGGAAGCAGACUGGCCUUUAGUGUUCUGGCACGUAUGACUUCCGUUUGGGGUGGUCCCGACGUGGCGGUGAUCCGGGCGCCACCCGGCUCGAACAACAACGCGAACAACAACCCCAGCAGCAAGUCCGCCGCGUCGACUACGACCAACUCGGGCAACCAGAACAACAACACAAACACCGGCGAGCAGUCUCCUGCAUUGGGCGGUCCGCCUGCACCAAGCAUCCCCGGUUUCGAUAGCUUCGUGAUUGACCGUUUCCAUUCCACGUGCUGGGAUGUGCUUCGGGACUCGCAGUUCCGUCCAGGCAAGGAUGCCCAGUCACGCCAGGUGCUCAACGAGAUUGCUGGCUUGGAGCAGACCAUCUACAUCAAGACGGGUGACGUUUUUAUCCAGCACCUGCAGUCCACUCUAUUGACACAGCUUGGUGACGGUGCCGAAUUUUUGCGAAACUUGACCACAUCCACGGACCGGCGGACAUUCGCCUUGUACCUGCAAAACCUUCGGAAGAAUGACUAG